AACCGUAUGUGAACUAGAAAAAAUCGUCACACAAAAUAAAUGUCAUAAAUGUGGUUUAUGUGAAGGUACGUUUUCUACACUUGGAAAAUUACAAAGGCAUAAUAUCAGGAUACAUAUCGGACCCAAACCGUUUAAAUGUGAUAUCUGUGAAAAAAUAUAUUGUUCGCGUUCAUAUUUAAUACAACAUUUAAGAUUACACACCGAAGAAAAUCCAUAUAAAUGCGGUAUCUGUGAACUUACGUUUUCUGCACUUUCAAGUUUAAAGAAACAUAACAGACUACAUACUGGAGAAACCCCGUAUAAAUGUGGUAUCUGUGAACGUACGUUUUCUGCACUUUCAAUUUUCAAUAUACAUAACAGAAUACAUACUGGAGAAAAGCCGUUUAAAUGUGAUAUCUGUGAAAAAGCGUUUUCUGAAAAUUCAUGUUUAAUACGACAUACAAGAGCACACACCGGAGAAAAGCCAUAUAAAUGUGAUAUCUGUGCACGCACAUAUACUAGAUAUAAAUGCGGUAUCUGUGAACUUACGUUUUCUGCACUUUCAAGUUUAAAGAAACAUAACAGACUACAUACUGGAGAAACCCCGUAUAAAUGUGGUAUCUGUGAACGUACGUUUUCUGCACUUUCAAUUUUCAAUAUACAUAACAGAAUACAUACUGGAGAAAAGCCGUUUAAAUGUGAUAUCUGUGAAAAAGCGUUUUCUGAAAAUUCAUGUUUAAUACGACAUACAAGAGCACACACCGGAGAAAAGCCAUAUAAAUGUGAUAUCUGUGCACGCACAUAUACUAGACGUACAAAUUUAAAUGCACAUUACAGAAUGCAUACUGGAGAAGAGCCGCUUAAAUGUGAUAUCUGUGAAAAAAUAUUUUAUUCGCGUCCACAUUUAAUAAAACAUAUCAAAAUACAUACUGAAGACAAGCCGCUUAAAUGUGAUGUCUGUUCCAAAACGUUCACUAAACCAUCAUCUUUAACACUACAUAAGAGGAUACACAUCGUACAGUGUGUGGUAAGCAGUUUGGUUAUCAACAAAUUUAAAAGUUCAUAAAAUUGUACACAUCAAAGAAAUGUUAGGUAUCUAUAAUAUAAGUGUAGCAUCUCUGAUCAAGCGUAUUCAGCAAAAUUAUUUUUAAAAACAAAUACUAAC